UGGGUUAAUACACUUCAGUUUCGCCGAUAUGAUCAUAUGACUAGUUUUUCCAUAUUAAAAUUAAAUAGAGUCCACACUCCCGAAUGCCGUCAUCCUAAGCCACGGUCUGUCUUGACACCUCCCGUUUGUUAUUGUCACGCAGGCCCUUUAAGACGCUAUUACUUGCCCAACUGUAUUACAUUUCCUGACUGACUCACGUGUCGAUGACAGUGACGUUAUUGAGCCCAAGCAAAGCAACAGAUUCAUGAGGGCCUAGGGUUGCUGGGAUUUUAGGUUAUAGUUUUGUAUAUAGAAAGAACAACCGUCAGAGUAUAACUUAAGUUGAUUUGGUUUGUUGCUUUUGCCUCAUCUUUCCAUUAUUUAUUUUGUUCGUAUUUUUUUAGUUCACCGUUUUACCCUGCUCGCCCAGGCAGCAACAUAUCGGACCCUGGUUUGUGGUUUUCAGUUUGUUCUUAAUUUUUGGACGCUUACUUUCUUUUUAGUCAUGGCAUUUAUUGGCAAGUUGUUUGGAAGUAGCGGUGGUAAAAGCGGUAAGGGGCCCACUCCACAGGAGGCAAUUCAGCGGCUCCGAGAGACCGAGGAGAUGCUGGCUAAAAAACAAGAGUUCCUAGAAAAGAAGAUAGAGCUUGAGUUACAAACUGCUAAGAAACACGGCACGAAAAAUAAGCGAGCUGCUCUGCAAGCCCUAAAGCGCAAAAAGAGAUAUGAGAAACAACUCACACAGAUAGAUGGCACAUUAUCAACUAUUGAAUUCCAGAGAGAAGCACUGGAGAAUGCAAACACCAAUACUGAAGUGCUAAAGAAUAUGGGUUUUGCUGCAAAAGCCAUGAAAGCUGCUCAUGAAAACAUGGAUGAACUGAUGGCUGAGCUAGAGGAACUGGAACAGGAAGAGCUGGAUAAGAACUUGUUGGAGGUUCAAGGCCCAGAAAAUGUCCCACUUCCCAGUGUGCCCUCCACAGUGCUACCUGCCAAGCCAGCUAAAAAGAAGGAAGAGGAGGAGGAGGAUGAUAUGAAAGAGUUGGAAGCUUGGGCUGGAACCAUGUAACAUUUUUGUUUUGCUCUGGAAGGAUACACUGGAGUAAAAUAUGACUACCACAAAUGUUAUUUGCCUGUUGCAACACAGUUGUCAUGUGGCAUGGAGGAGUGCUUUUUUUAAAAUUACCCCUAGCUCUUGGUCAUAGAGCAGAGGGAUUGCAUUGCUGUAAACCAGUAACAAAGUACUGGGGAAGAAAGAAAAACUUGCCACAAGGCAGAAAAACCUUAAGUCUUUGCUAGCCAGCAAUUUUAAAAGUAGAACCAGGAUUUAAUAUUGCUUGGAAGAGAAAUACAAAGCAUUGAAGUCCAAGGUGUCAUGUUCUCUAUCAUUUUAUUUAUUCAUUGAUCCACCUGAAAAAGCCACUGGAGUACGAGAGAGAGUAUUCUUGAGCAGAUCUCUGAUGUGAAGCGCACUGGAAGAGCAGAAAGUUGUAUUAUAUUCCCUUGCAAGUUUAGAUCACUUCGAGCAGAAAGCAACGUUUGCAAGUGCUGUACAGCCUUAAAUUUAAUUUCAGAAGUGGAAGGGUAAACUGCAUUAAACCAUGAAUUAAAAGAUA